UAGUUCCAUGAGUAUGGUUAAAGCUCGAAAUCGGAUCGAUGUUUUCUGUAUACUGUACAACGAAAAAGGGAACAAAAAGGAGUUCGGUUUUUUUACAUAGAUUAAUUGAAACAGUUAUCUAUGACGUCAUAAUCGUGCCUUUAUAAGGAAAAGGAAUAGAUUGAAAUGUACGCGCGUUCAUUUCUGUGUGCGCAAAUACCAAUCACGCGCAUGUGAUGUGAGCCGACUUCCUGAUUGGUUAGUUUUGAUUACGUGCAGAGAAAAAAUGAUGAAAAACCGCGAAAUGAGAUCGACUGAUGCGGAUUUCUGAAAGUCCGUUCUACUCAUGUCAGCGGAACGUGCAGAAAGUGUAUGCGCUGUAGACGUCAUCAUCAUUGGUGCAGGUGUCAGCGGUCUUAUUGCGGCCAAUGUGCUUACCGAACAGGACCAAUAUAUCAAGGUGCUUGUGCUGGAGGCAUGUGAUCAUGUAGGUGGAGGGACCUACACCGAGUCGGACCCCAAGUGUGGCGUCGACUAUGAAGGCGGAGACUAUGUUAAGCCCAACAAGCAAAGGCGCAUUUUAAACCUAGCCUCAGACAUAGGACUUGACAUAGCCGAGGUAGCCUGGCCUGAAACAGGUAGCCGUGAGAGCACCAUGCGAUUUUGCCGGGCGCUGAAUAGUUGGAAUCCACUGGAAGUGUGGGACUGGAAUCAUCUGUGGGCGCGCGCCGAGAUGCAUGCUGGGGGUAUCCCAAGCGAGGCGCCAUUAGUACAAGCUGCUAACGCGGAGGAUUGGGACCGAGUGAGCGUCACUGAAUACGCCCAGAGGGAGUGUUGGACGUCUUAUUCCAAGAAGCGCUUAGAAGAGCUGGUGAAAGACAGCUUUGAGAUGGAGCCGUCUGACAUGUCCAUGUUGUUCUUUCUCUGGGCCAUCAAGAGCUCAGAGAGCUACCAGCCAAUCGCGCGCAAGAUUUGCCAUCACUUUGGUGACAAGCUCACAGACCGGAUAAUUCUAUCCAGCCCAGUCCACCACGUCCAACGUAAUAAAGACAACAGCAGAAUCGUCGUCACAUGCGCCAGCGAUACACAAUACACCGCUGAAUACGUCAUAGUGGCACUUUCUUCACCCUCGUUGUCGCUGAUCGACUUCUCCCCACCCCUCCCCAUGAAGAGCUCGUUUGUCCCGCGCUUCCCCGUGGGUACUGCGUACAAGUGUGUGUCUUGGUACGAGAAGCCAUUCUGGAAGAAGAAAGGGUUUGACGGUAUGAUGGCGACCGACUCUUGCCCAGUCUACUGCAUCAUUGUAGAGCAAGAGGAGCUUGGAUGCAAGUCUGCAAUUAUCGGGUUUAUCGUGGGAGAGGAGGCUCGCUACUGGUCUAUACGUACCGUGACAGAGCGCCAACAGGCUGUAAGCGCGCAGUACGCAGAGUUCUUUGACUCGGAGGACGCCUACUGGCCGUGUCAGUACACUGAUACUCGCUGGACGGACGACAAGUUCGCCCGUGGGGGGUGUCCAACUGUAUUACCCAGUCAGGUGCUUAGUUGCCAUGGCGAUACUGACAGCUGGGCGGUGUCACCUGAUGAAAAAGUUACUUCUAAGAUUGAGUCUUCAGAUCACGUGGAGGCAGCCGUGGAGAAGGGAGAGAGCCUCGCUCGUCAAGUACUGCAGAUGAUGCGCGCCGGUCCGCCCUCUGUGUUAGUCCGCGAGGAGGAGCGCAUCGUAAAACCUACAAGACGCUCGAGUAGACCCGGCGUGGUGCAAAGUAUUAUAGUCGCCUCGUGUGCAGCCCUGCUGGUCGCUGCCUUUAUCGCGGGCUCUAGUUACGCUGAGUCUCUGGAGUAUCCACUCAAAUCAAAUUAGUUGAGAAAAAGACACACGAAUAAAUGAGAAAAUGGG